AUCAACACAAGCUCACUACUUCUUCAACCUUAGCCCUCAUCAUAAGCCUAAAACAGAUACUUCUCAAGCACGUUGCAAAAGUUUGCCGAAUUAGAAUCAGAAUCUUCAGAGACUCAGAUAACAUGGCAAUUGGUUUCAUGGAGGUGCAUCUUGUGAAAGCAAAGGGCCUGCAUAACUCUGAUAUCAUAGGUGAAAUGGACCCUUAUGUUCUGAUACAAUACAAAGACCAAGAACAAAGGAGUAGUGUCGCCAUUGGCCAGGGCAUAAAUCCGGUAUGGAAUGAGAAAUUCAUGUUCAAAGUAGAAUACCCUUUAUCAAAUCAUCAACACAAGAUCAUCUUCAAAAUUAUGGACCAAGACUUAUAUACAGAUGACUUUGUUGGAGAAUCCAUAAUCCAUGUAGGAGAUUUAUUGGACCAAGGAGUGGAGAAUGGAGAAGCUAAACUACAAACUCUCAAAUAUAGAGUGGUUCGUGCAAACAAGUCUUACUGUGGUGAAAUUGAUGUUGGUGUUACUUUCACCCUACAGGUGGAAGACGAUUAUGCAGAACGUAAUCACUAUCUACCACAGAUUAGCAAGGAUGUAGGAUUUAAAAAAACUAAGUAGAUUUACAUCAGAAUAGUUUUGGAUUUGGAUUAGUUGUAGUUGUAUACUGUGUAAUAGAUUCAACCAUUUAUUUUCAAUGGUACAUUAUAUUUCAUUUCUUUUGAUUCUUUUUAACAAGAUACAUUUUAUUUCCUUUUUUUAAUUCUUUUU